AUGCACCACAUUAAUACAGAUAUUUCCAACAGAAAGCACAUACAACACAUACAUAAUCUAUUACAAAUAGUAUAUUUAGUACUAAAUAUACUGCAUAUACUGUAUAUAUUCUUAUACCCACCAGAUAUAAAUAGACUAAGCGGCGCAUUAAUCCUUAAUGUUCCUGUGGUAUUUACACUAAUUAUUAUAUACGUUGUAAUUAGUCAUGUUAAUAAAAUAAGGAUAAACCUUAUUAUAUACGUUGUAAUUAGUCUUAUAAGCAUGUUAGUACUAUUUACAUACGGAAUAGGCCAUAUUAUAACGUAUUUAGGCAUAUGCCUUAGUCUCAUGGUGUGUCAUUACUUAUUACGCAAUGUGCCAUAUGUUCUGCUCAAUUAUAUGACUAAUUUAUACAGGAAUGCGGUCAGUACUUAUUACACUGGAUAUAAUAAGCUUUAUUCUUAUUUUAUUAUUUUUGUGAUAUUUUAUUAUAACUUAGUGCAUUUACAGUGUGGAAUGAAUAUGUCCCAAUUGGGAUACAUUAUUUCCAUGAUACUUUUAUUUUGGAACUUGAAAAUACUAGUUAUACUGUCCUUGUAUUCGGGCUAUAUAUCUAGUUUAUAUGGAUUAUCACAUGGCACAAGAAAUCCAUACAAUACUCCCCCCUUAAAAUAUAUUUUAUACAAAUUACCCAGUGUGUCAGUUAUAUUCGUGUGCAAUAUAAUAAGGAUUGCAUGGGAUCAGAUUAUACUGAGGUUUAAUAAGGAUAUGACUAAUUAUAACGGGGAUAAUGAGGAUAUGACUAAUUAUAACGGGAAUAAUAACAGGACUAAUUAUAAUAACGGAAAUAAUAACAGGACUAAUUACAAUGAGAGUAUACUUAGUCCUAAUAAUAACAGGGGUAUACUUAGUCCUAAUAAUAACAGGAAUAUAUUACAAUAUAACCCACGUUAUACUAUAUAUAACCCAGAUAACCCGGACAUAACCCGUUAUAAUCCGAUUAAACCUGUUAUAACCAGGCCUACCACAAUUAAACCUGAUAUAGCCCUAAGUAAUUUGGACAUAUCCAUAAUAAGCUUAUUAUUAUAUGAUAUUCCUGUUGUAAAUACGACUAACUAUAACUCUUAUUUUAUUAUUUCUAAGUGCAUGGGAUUUCGUGUUGUAAUUGGUCUAUAUUUUUAUUUUUUUGCUUUAAAUAUUUUUAUAGUUACAAGGUUUAUUGCAUACCGUGAGAUAAGUUAUUUAUACAGUUAUGUUAUUUUAAUUAUUUUAAUUAGUGUUAAUUUUUAUAUGAAUAUGUCCAUAAAGGGUAAAUUACUGCAUAUGGAAAUAUUUAAUGAAUAUAAAAAUCAUCACCUUUAUGAGUUAAUUAAGUUAAAUUAUAAUAUUUUAUUGUCUGAAGAUAACUUUGUUGUGGAGUAUGCUAGGUUUGACAGUAGACUAUGGGUUACAUUAGAUGCAUUAGGCACAAGCUAUGAAUAA